AUGACGAUCACAUCCUCACAGGACCAUGCCUUGGCAACGGCUGAGAGAGUGACCUCUGUCCUUUCUGUUCUCGGCGCUGCAUUUAUCAUUGCCACUUUCCUUUCAGACAGCAAGUUUCGGAAACCUAUCAAUCGGCUUGUAUUUUACGCUGCAUGGGGGAACCUGUUUGCCAACGUGGCGACUCUCAUUGCAAGAUCCGGGAUCAAGUUGGGAGUCACAUCCUCGUUGUGCCAAUUCCAGGGCCUUUUGAUUCACUGGUUCUUGCCUGCCGAUGCGCUAUGGACCUUCGCUAUGGCGUGCAAUGUCUAUCUCUCCUUCUUUCGACAGUACGACGCAUCGCAACUUCGAGGCCUCGAGUGGAUAUACUUGGCGGCGUGCUAUGGCAUCCCCUUUAUUCCAGCGUUCGUGUUGCUGUUCGUCAGUACUGCUGAUAAGGGCAGAGUGUAUGGAGACGCGGUUCUCUGGUGCUGGGUGUCAACGAAAUGGAACGCGCUCCGAGUUGCAACCUUCUAUGGACCGGUGUGGCUGAUCAUCCUUCUGACAAUGUUCAUAUACGUCAAAGUGGGCGUCGUGGUCUUUCGGUGGCGCAAGCAACUCCUCUCCCUGAACGAGAGUGGGAGCAGGCCCGAAGCUCCACGCAAUGGUUAUGCAAUGAAUCAACUGCCGACUUCUCCUGUGUCGCAGAAUCGGAAGACCUAUGAAAUCACCAUCAGCAGUCAAGUUCCCCACUCCCCAACGGCGAAGCAACAGCGACGGCUUAGCUCGCCGCGGAAUACCUAUCACGAGGCCGCCUCGCCUGCCGACGUAAAUCAUGCACGCUUUCCUUCCAUUCAAGACACGGCAUUUCCCCAGCCGAACGCCAACGUGGUUACCAACGUGGUUGUGGAGAGGCCACCAAUUCAGACCUUGGAUGCCAAUAAAGCAGCACUGAGUUACUGCAAAACUGCCUCAAUGUUCUUUCUCGCGCUCCUGUGCACAUGGGUUCCCUCCACCAUAAAUCGAGUGUAUACCCUGGUGCGACCAUACGACUCACUCUUCGGAUUGGACUUUGCCUCCGGAAUUGUACUCCCUCUGCAGGGAUUUUGGAACACCAUAAUCUACAUCGUGACCAGCUUGCCGGCAUGCAAAACCCUCUGGGAGGAGACCAGAGCAAAUCUCUUCGGACCUCGAGCUGGUCGCCCAGACAGAACAUCACCAGCACUGGCAAUAUCGAGACACAGCCACCAGGUUCUUGCCUCCCGCGACACCAGAGCAGAUAUCACGAUGAGGAUGGACGGGAAGAAUCGCGUCGUCAACUACAGACAUCAGGACGAUAUUGAUACAGAGGAGGAGGAGUUGAGGGCUUCCAGUCCAACAUUUAUUAUGCACGGCAGAUGA